GGUGAGUUGGUGUAUGUGAAUUAUGGCCGCACCGAAGAUUUUUUUAAGCUGGAACGUGAAAUGGGAAUUAACUGUACAGGAAAGAUUGUUAUUGCCAGAUAUGGGAAGAUUUUCAGAGGAAAUAAGGUGAAGAAUGCCGAAUUGGCAGGUGCCAAGGGAGUUAUUCUGUACUCUGACCCUGCUGACUACUGUGCCCCAGGAGUAGAUCCCUAUCCAAAUGGCUGGAAUCUUCCGGGCGGAGGAGCCCAGCGUGGGAAUGUAUUGAACCUGAAUGGGGCAGGGGAUCCUCUGACACCAGGUUAUCCUGCAAAAGAAUACACCUACCGAUUAGAUAAAGCCAGUGGUGUAGGUCUGCCAAGAAUUCCAGUUCAUCCCAUUGGCUAUCAUGAUGCUGAGUCGUUACUGCGUAAUAUGGGAGGAUACGCACCACCGCAUAGUAGCUGGAAAGGAAAUUUGAGUGUGUCUUACAACAUUGGUCCUGGUUUCACAACAAAUUAUUCUACAAGAAAGGUGAAAAUGCACAUUCAUAGCCACAACAAAAUAACGAGGAUUUACAAUGUGAUUGGUACCAUCAGAGGCACAGUGGAACCAGACAGAUAUGUCAUCCUGGGAGGCCACCGUGACUCAUGGGUAUUUGGUGGCAUUGAUCCUCAGAGUGGGGCAGCUGUCGUUCACGAGAUUGUGAGGAGCUUUGGAAAACUGAAAAGGAAAGGAUGGAGGCCAAGGAGAACAGUGAUAUUUGCAAGCUGGGAUGCAGAGGAAUUUGGCUUGCUAGGAUCAACAGAGUGGGCUGAGGAAAAUGCCAAAGUAUUGCAAGCACGAGGAGUGGCUUAUAUCAAUGCAGAUUCCUCCAUCGAAGGAAACUACACACUACGAGUGGAUUGCACACCACUGAUGUACAGGCUGGUGUACAGCCUGACUAAAGAG